AUGCUCUUCGGUGUCGGCUCCAGCAAGAUGCACACCGGUAGACGCGUCCAGCUCGUGGUCUGGCUCCAGAUCAUGCAAGAGUGGGUCGGCAUCGCUGGAGUCACCGUUUAUGCCCCUACCGUCUUCGGCUUGGCGGGACUGAGCCCUGUCAUGCGCCAGAGGAUCGCAGGUCUCAAUAGUGUCUUCAACAUGUUCUCUACCCUGAUCUGUGUGUUUACGCUGGAUAGAAUUGGUCGAUGUUGGACUUGCUACUGGAGCUCUGUUGGUCAGGGUAUCGCCCUGACACUUACAGGUGCGUUCUCGUACCUCGGAGAGCAAGCUACACUGGAUGGAGAUGCCAGCAAAGGCCUCAAGCUACGGGAACGCAGCCGUGUCCACGCGGAGAUAUUUCCGUUAGAGGUUAGGGCCAAGGGUAACGCGUGGGGUGUUAUGGGCUGGUCGAUCGGGAAUGACCGGCUCACCCUUCUCUGCCCGGUCAUGUUCGAGAGCAUCGGCGAGGAAACGCUCUACAUCUUCGCAGCUUGCAACGCGAUAUCAAUGCCUAUGGUCUGUGCGCUGCAUCCCGAGACGAAUCAGCGCACGCUGGAAGAAAUCGACCUGCUCUUCGCCUUGGACAGUACCUGGAACUGGGAGGUGGGAAAGAACUUUGCCAGGCUGCGAGACCAGACGCUCGGCCAAGAAGCCACAGCCGAUUCGAAGGCAAACGUGGAGCAGGGGGCGAGCCGCAAGCAGAGUCUAGUACGACGCAUGUACCUUCGGGUAGAGGCGGUGAAUUGCUAG